AUGGAAAACCCUAACAAUAUUAUAUCAUGUGAUUUUAAUCAAUAUCCCGCUUGGAAAAAUUUUCUAGUAUUAUGGGCUCCUGUAUAUGGUCUCCCAGUCUAUGUAGCUGCUGUGUAUCUUCUGAGAGUUCACUCGGAAAAUCAGAGUCACUAUGUACUGGCUUCUCAGUCAAUCGCAGUUCUUUUAAAUUACAUAGAACUGGCUGACAUGUCUUCGUUCUUUUUUCCACAAUAUGUAAUCCCAGUAUUGGGGGUUCAAGUUGACGGAAUUUUACGAGAUGUAUAUCCACGUGCUGCUGUUUACCUUAUUAUUGGAAUGACAACUCAUCAUGUUAUCAAUUCAACAACUCUUUUUACUGCACAUUGCCGUCUAAUGUUGCUAUCAAAAUCGUUAACUAUUCAAAAUGAUUCCAUAGUUCGAUUUGUGAAACUUUCGAAUAAAUUUGCAUAUGUUGGAUACAUCCUAUUGGUUGCUGCCGUAUUUGGUAUGUUGAUUGGGUUUAAGUUAGACACUGAAGAAAAUCAAAAAGAUUGGAAACGUGAAUAUUAUGAAGAAUAUAAAGCAGAAUUUGUGUGGUGUCCUAAAUGGUACGCACUGAAAUCAACAUCUUGGGAGUUUAUAGUAAUGAUGAUAGCAUCAAUGACUGCAACAGUAUUCUUUGCAUGCAUAUUCGUUGUAUGCAGUUUAGCGACAAUAAUUGUUGUUCAGUCAGCUAGAGAUACAAUGUCAUAUAAAACUGUGAAAUAUCAUAUCCAAGUUACUGUUUUAUUUCUUUGUUCGUGUGUUAUUCAAGCAUUGUUUGUUGUUCUACCAGUUACACAUAUUGUAUUAUGCGUUUAUUUUGACUCGUUCAAAAUAUACACAAAAGAUUACAUUUAUUAUUCAUUGCUUACGCAGGCGCAUCAAGGAACUGCUUUCACAUUAUUCUAUGUUUUAUCACAUAGUAAAAUAAGAAAAGUUUUCAGACGCUGGUUACGACCUCCAAGGAUUAACUCAGAUAGAGUAUUUCAAUUGAGCAACACUAAAUAA